AUGAAGGAGAUCAAAUAAUAUUAUGGGAAAUCCUUUAUUCUAAUUAUAACACAUUAUUGGAUGAGAAGAAUUAAUUCACAUAGGAUAUUGGCAAUUUAAAUUAAUAAUUUUAAACUUACUCCAAGACUUAACUUGUUGCUAUUAAAUGCAAAGACUAGGAAUGCCUACAAGUUUCAUUUUCACCAAAUCCAAAAUACAUAGCAGCAUCAUAUUUUUCCAUUAAAUAACAUAAGUUUUGAAGAAGCAGAAAGAACUAAUACAAUAAAUAUAACUCUAAGAAUAGUAAUUUGGAAGUUGGAUGAUAACACUGUAGUCUAUUCAUUUGUACUUACUUUCUGGCAGAGAUUUCAUUUUUCUUCUGAUUCAUCAUCUAUUGUAUCUCUUUAGUAUGAUGAAGUAAAUAAAACCAAUAAGCAUAAAUUUGACCCAAUAAUUCGCAAUGCUGAUACUGUCUCAAAUUAUAUAUAGAGAUCAUCCUUUUAAAUACGUAAUAUUCUCUCCUAAAUUUUAAUAAUUUUUAGCUGUGAGGGAAGAAAAAGGAUUUAUCAAUCACAUAGUUCUAUUCACUAUUUUCGAUCAGUAGCUAAUCUUAUUAGAUUAUUUUCAGGUUCCUUAUGGACUGGCUGUCACUUUUAAAAACGAUGGUGAGUUCCUAGUAUACUCAGGUAGAGAUACUAUCUUAAUAAAGAAAAUAUAUAAUGUUGAAUAGCGGACUGAAGUCAGACGACUUAAAGCAGAAAAUCAUUGGUCACAAAUUAUAUCUAAGUCUAAUGAUAGCACUUUCUUUGCUUUUUGCGAUGAAAAACGAUAAUUUAUCUUGUCUACAUAUGAUAAAACGGUUCAAUAUGAAAAUGAAAUGCUAAAUUUUCAGAUUCUUUCAGUUUCAUUUGAUUUGAAAAAUCAUACGAUGGCAUGUGGAGGAGAAGAAUUAAAUAUUGAAUAAGGUGCUGAGAAAAAAGGAGUUGUUAAAAUAAUAGAUAUUCACAAUCUAGAAGCCCUUGAUGUGCUUCAAAACAUAAUUUAUGCAUACAAGGUUAUACAUGUCAUCUUAUCAGACGAUGGAACUUAUUUAUUAAUUUAAGAGUAGGAUUGUUAAAUUUAUUUGCUGAAAAAAUAAAAAGACAUUGAUCAAUAUUAGAUUGAGUUCAUGCUGGAUUAUGCGGUAGGUAUAUUAAAUGCUUCUUUCUCAUCAAAUUAAAAUGAUUUCAUCAUAUUAAUAAAAGGGGGAAAUGUCUUCUUUUAUAAUUUUAUUGAUUCAUCCUUAAGGUUAAAAAAUGAUAUUAAUAAAGUAUUAAUUCAAUUAUAUCUUUUAAGGAAUCAAAGACUCUAUAUAGGCUGAAAACAAUACCUAAAUACUACGCUAUAUAAGCAAGGAAGUGCGAAUUGGAAGAUGCCAAAAUUUCUACUGAAAAAAGUUCAUUAUUAUAAUUAUUUAAAUGCUACGGUGCCCAUUGA